CGCUGGCUCCGCGCUGGCGCGCGCGCGCGAUUUUCUUUGUCACUCGGUAGCCGCGCGAACUUCGUCACCGAUGACGUUCGAUUCAAAGGCCGCGGUGACGCGUGACGAGGUCGUCGCGCAUAAACUGUGAUUCGUAACGGCACGCGAACGUCGAUCCCGCGACUGGAAAGACUCACCGAGCGGGCGGGCCGAUCGGCCGGCUAGGUUAAUUAUCGCCUGUCCGACUCAUCGACUCGCGGGUACAAUUCGCGCGGCGCACGAAGUCGUUACCGACGUCCUGAAUUUCAACACGACUCCGGCCCGACCCGUGAUCGUCGUGUAACCGGCUGUCGUGAUUCCGCGAUUCCCAGGAACUCACUCGUCGUUGAUCGAUCGACGAUCACGUCCGAAAGAUCCGACGAACGGUUGCCAUGAUGACAGGUUAGUUACUGUUGGAUGAACAAUCUGUAUGCAUCGGUUGCGCGUGAAGUUGCCGAUGUAGACGUCGCCAGUUCACUCGCGACGCGACGUUUCAACGGUCAUCGUCACGCGACUCGCAAGGACGCCGCGUAAUCAGUCGUUGAUCGAUCGGGGAUCCGACGGUGGACGAUCCGUGAAUUGUAACGAACGAGAGUUCGCGAAAGUCGGGCGGCCUUGCGAUCUACGUGUUCGCGUGCGCGAUGUGUGUGUGGCUUUUUGACGAUCGAACGAUUCGCGAGUGGAAGGACGAACGUCGUCGUUAACGGCCGACAUUUUGGGGAAGACGGAGAUCCCGAAGACGACGGUAGGACUCGAGACGGCGGCGGCGAUCGUCAUCGUCACCAUGGCCUACGUGCUUUGGCGAGUGAUCAUGAAGAGGUACUCCAAGGUGCGGCUGGGCAUCAGGAAUCUGCCGGUGAUACCGGCAGAUCGCCGGCCGCCGGAGAAGGAGGAGACCUGGACGUUGGCCAGCGAUCAGCAAGAUCCGUGCGGCUUCGACGACGAGUCCAAGGCCUCGAAAGCGGGGCCUCAGGAGCCCGAGAAGACUGCGGAGGUCAUCUCCGCGGAUACCGGCGAUAACACGUUGCCGCGCAGCCAAGAGACCAGGAAGAGCAAGACGAAGAAGGUGAAGAGCUACCUGAGGAAGUGCAAGGGCGCUCUGUCUAAAGGCGACGAGAGCAUCGCGGAGAAGCGACGUCAGGAGAACUGCACUUCGUGGUACUUGGAGGACGUAGCACCGCCGUGCGCGAGCAAUCGCGAGGAUCGGGACGACGAGUCCGCGGAGAGGUACACGGAGUUCUCCGAGGAGAGGCUCGAGCAGACUCGCGAACCCGUCGAAGAUCCGCCGCCUGAAACGCUCGGAGCGAGUCUCUCCAAGGGCGAGAACCUCGACGGGACUGCGGACGAGGCUCUCGCCAGGCUAUUGGAGGAGGAUCGCAAAACCGAUCUUAACAGAAGCCGGACGUCCCUGUACGAGGACGCCAAGGAGCAAUGCGAUGAGAAGAUCAAGGAGCCGGCGGAGCGAUUCCGCGACCACGCGAAGAAGAAGAACGACGCGGUCUCGCUCGAGACGUUGACGACGGAAGACACGAACUUGAACAAGUGCGACUCGAGCGACACGCUGAUAGCGGAAACGACCGAAACCGCGACAGAUCUCGACGCGGAAUCGAUCGCGAUCGUCGCGGAGAAACCGUCCGUCGUUGACGGCGACGAAGGGGCAACGUUGCCGGUUCCUGCCUUUUCCGGGAAUCGCGGGGACUUCGCUUCCCUGGUCCGCAACUUGCUCGGGCCAAUUUACGGCGAAGGUGUUAUGAGUUUGCUGAUAAGACAAGCCCGGGACAUCCUGGUUUGCGCUUACCACGGUAACUUGGAGAACUUUGUCCGGACUUAUCUCUCACCUGCCGCUGCGUUGCUGACGGUAGUUAGGAGUGUCGCCUGCGAAACG